GGGGAGCGCGCGUCAUCAGGAAGCGACUCAAAGGCAUGUUUUGUUUCUUUUUACUUAAUGUAAGCUUCUUGAAAGUGCAAGAAAACUCUGCAUUAAAACCAAUUUAUUCAACGUUGGAAGCUGCGUCGUGUUUUUAGAAACGAGCAGUAUGAGCGGGGGUUUGGCACCAAGCAAAAGCACUGUGUAUGUGUCCAACCUGCCAUUCUCCCUCACAAACAAUGACCUACACAAGCUGUUCACCAAAUAUGGAAAAGUUGUAAAGGUCACAAUUGUAAAGGAUAAAGAUACACGCCAAAGCAAAGGAGUGGCAUUUGUUCUCUUCCUAGACAGAGAAUCAGCUCACAAUUGUGCCAGAGCAGUAAACAACAAACAGUUGUUUGGCAGAACGGUGAAAGCGAGCAUUGCCGUCGACAAUGGGCGAGCUACUGAGUUUAUAAGGAGAAGGAACUACACGGACAAGACGAAAUGCUACGAAUGCGGGGAUUCGGGUCAUCUGAGCUAUGCGUGCCCCAAAAAUAUCCUGGGAGAGAGAGAACCCCCAAAGAAGAAGGAAAAGAAAAAGAAGAAAAAGGCGGAGCAACCCGAGUAUGUUGAAGAAGAAGAAGAAGAAAGUGAAGAAGAGGGAGAGGACCCAAAAUUAGAUAGUCUCAGCCAAGCUAUAGCUUUUCAGCAAGCCUGUAUGGAGGAAGAGGAGGAGACACAGAAGAAGCAGACACGUUUGUCCCAAGAGGACGACGCUCAUGCUUCGACAUCUUCAGACUCUAAGAAACCGAGGAUCAAAAAGAGCGCUUACUUCAGCGAUGAGGAGGAGCUCAGUGACUGAAACUGAUAUACAUUUGUUCAUGACGUAAAGGUUUUUAUCAUAUAGGUUGUACAGAUAGGUCAUGAUUGUUUAUAAAUUCUGUCUUAUUGUUCCUUCAUCGAUUCAGAGUGUAUGUGUUGUUUUCAUUGUCAGGCAAUAAAUCCCUAUUUUUUAACAACAA